AUGAUAGCCUUUGGCUACCGUCAGAACAAUUUAAACCACACGUUAUUUCUGAAGAAACAACAGGGUAAGAUCACUGCACUCAUUGUAUAUGUAGAUGAUAUGGUGGUUACAGGGAAUGAUCCUGAAGAAAUGAAAGCUCUCAAGAAGUACUUAUCCAGAGAAUUCGAAAUGAAAGAUCUAGGUCCUUUGAGAUAUUUUCUUGGGAUUGAAGUAUCUCAAUCUAAUAAAGGAAUCUUUACAUCUCAAAGAAAAUAUGCCUUAGAUCUAUUACAAGAGAUUAGCAUGACAGCAUGUCAACCAGCUGAGACACCAGUCGAAGAAGGAUUGAAGUUAUGUGUUGAGUCCAACCCAGUACCUGCUAAUAAAGGAAGAUACCAAAGACUUGUAGGGAGAUUGAUGUACUUAGCAUACAUGAGACCGGAUCUGGCUUAUGCAUUGAGCAUUGUUAGCCAGUUUAUGCAUGAUCCUGGAGAGCGACAUAUGAAUGUAGUUAUGCAAAUUUUGAGGUAUUUGAAAUCUAAUCCUGGAAAAGGAGUUUUGUUCACUAAAAAUGUUGGUUAUCAAAACAUAGAUACAUAUACUGAUGCUGACUGGGCUGGAGCUAUAGAUAAUAGACGAUCUACUUCUGGUUACUUUACUUUUGUAGGAGAUUUCUCUUGCGGGAUUUGGGUUAUCUACCUGGGUAACCUAUUCGAUUAUAUUAUGAUAAUAAAGCAGCAUGUGAUAUUGUCCAUAAUAUAG